AUGUUUGCACCGUCGUCUUUCAGAGCUACCAGAACACUGCUCACAUCUGCGCGCCUGCAAACAGCUAUCAACCCCACAUCUACCGCAAACCUCUACCGACCACUCUUCACCCAGAAGUUCUUUUACAACACCGCCAAAAUGAGCGAAGACCACAAGGGCGUACACAACCUCAAGAACAAGGAGCAGUUCGAGGAGGUCAUGGCAGUCAAGGACAGCCUCAUGGUCGUCGACUGCUUCGCGACAUGGUGCGGCCCUUGUAAAGUGAUUGCUCCCCAGGUCGUCAAGUUCUCUGAGAAGUACCCCAACGCGCGCUUCUACAAGCUCGACGUCGACGAAGCCUCCGACGUUGCAGGUGACCUCGGUAUCCGCGCCAUGCCUACCUUCAUCCUUUUCAAGAACGGAACCAAGGUCGCCGAGGUCGUUGGCGCCAACCCCAAGGCUCUCGAGACCGCUAUCCAGAACAACAUCGAUGCAUAG